GAAGAGAAUGCCAACUUUGCGUUCAACGGCGUCGGCACCUUUGGAAACAAGAACAUCCAAGAUGUGAAUAGCUUUGCAGAUUUCUAUUCAUGGUUUCGUCUAGGAUUUGCUGCCAUCUACAUGCCGCAGACCAGCAGUGUCUCAGAAGGUUCCUCUCUCCCUUCAGUGAAUUUGACGAACGCAGAGACUGCAGAGUACCUGAACUUCAAUCGUAAACUUGGGCCGAUCAAACUGUCGCAGCAGGUGGCCAAGGUAAGUCCAUGUGAGAAUCCAGAUUUGCUGGACACGAUUGACGUCAGCAAUGACACGCGCUGCUUCAGCCAAAGUCACGAAUUUUUCAUUCAGCCCACGGAUUUUGACAUUGGUUUCCUGGACUAUGUCGAAGACACAAGCAAGACUGUUUGGCUCGACUACAACACGGAUCCAACGAAAAUGGUUGAAGAACUGGAAAACUCGUCGUGGCUCACGAAGGACACAAACCACUGGCAGAUUACCGUGGUCACCUACAACCCUGACUACGACAUCCUCACUGUGACGGGCAUCCACUUCUUGCUGUCUCGUUCAGGGAGAAUUUGGAAGCAGAUCACCUUCAUGUCUUUGAAGACAAGACCCUAUGCAAAUCUUUGGUCGUUGGCUUGGGAAAUUCUCUUUUUCGGAAGCAUCCUGACGAUUUUUAUCGAAGAGGUCUAUGAGGUUGUCACUGGAAUCAUUGCCGCACGAAAUGGAGGUAAGUGUCGACCUAUGCAAUUCAUCAGGGAGUACCUCGGUAUAUGGAAUGCAGUGGACUGGGUCUCCAUCAUCAUUGCCUUCACUCUGCUAGGCAUGUGGAUUGCCACUUGCUUGGAUCGGCAAAACUUGGAGGCCAAGGUCAUUGUUCUUGCAUCACGGCAUCUGAAAAUGCUAUCCAUUGCUGCCAUUGCGAGUGAUCCCGUGAUCCCAACGUGUUUGCACAGCCGACCUCCUGAACGCCACGACGGAAGCGGGGCUCCUAUCGGGAAGGACCAGCCUAGUAAGCAGUCCGAAGCUCAGAGGGAGCUGAUUCGAGUGCACGAAGCUCGUGGUGACCCGCACUUUGUGGACCUCUGUGGAGGAUUUGGUGGCAUGGCCGUGAUGGACAGAUGCGAAGAGAAGUGGUGCAACCGUGCCCACUUUGGCAUCAUUUUCCUCUCCGUGUUCGUCACCUUCGUUUUCAUGGCCAUGGGCUUUUUUGGCCGCACUGUUUCAGGCUAUGCCAAUUUUCAGAUUGCUUUCGUGACUCUGUUCCGUGCGCUGAUGGGCGAUCUGGACUUCGAUGCCAUGGAAGAGCAAGCCGGGCGCGUCAUUGCCGGAAUCUUUCACAUCACCUUCAUGCUGACCAUGCUGUUGAUCUUGCUCAACAUGCUGAUCGCUAUCAUCAUGGAUGUCUAUGCAAUGACCAAGCAAAAUGCUGCUCACAGCGAUCCUGUUUGGUAUGACGUAUACGACUAUUUCAACCGGUUUUGGCAACGUCGCACAGGAAACCGACUGAACAUCUGGACAGCCAAAGUGGUUUGCAUGACAAGUUUGCAGGAACAGACUGAAAAGCAUGAGCAGUAUGGGAAGAGCCAGACGUCGUUUUUUGGUGUAGAUGUGACAGAGGACAAAGAAACACUCAUUACCUACGAGACCUUAAAGGACCUCGUUCCCGAAAUGAGCCAGGAACAGGUCGAGGCAAGUAUCCUAGAGUCCGUUGAAUGGUACGUUGCUUGGUGGCAGAGUGGCAGAGUGCAUGAACCGCAUGCGGUAUCUUGA